ACUGACUAGAUUGGCACGCCUACACACCCACCUUCAAUUCUCUGGCCUCAGCCAAUACCUAAUAAAUUAUACUUCAUCGGCAACAGGAAAUUGGAGAGAGAAAGGGAAAAUGGCAUCGACGCUGAAAUAUGUUCGCGUUCCACCAAACUCGGCGAACUUGGAGGAGGCGCGAAAGCGGGUUUUCGAGUUCUUCAAGACGGCGUGCAGAUCCAUCCCUACCAUCAUGGACAUCUACAUCCUCGACGAAGUCGUCAAACCCUCCGAGCUUCGCUCCACCGUCGCCUCUGAGAUCCGCAAGAACGCCCAUGUUACUGACCUACAGGUUAUAGAUAUGCUGCUUUUCAAGGGAACGGAAGAGUUAAGCAACAUUGUGGAACAUGCAAAGCAGAGGCACCAUAUUAUUGGACAAUAUGUGGUAGGUCGUCAAGGCCUUACGCAUGACCUGGGAAUAAAGGAUCAGGGCAACUCCAAUUUCCUGAAAAAUUUCUAUAGCGGCAACUAUUCCUGAACCUUCUUUCCUUGUGGAUCUGUUUCGCGUAGCUUUUCAAUUGAGUAGAACGAGUAAUAAAGAGAAGUUUGCUUGUGUUUUCUUGCUCCUCUUGGGUAUUAUAAACAACAUUUAUUCCAGUGGUGACUGCUUUACAUGAAACCAAGUAAUUUAGUCAACCUUUGUAAUUGUUACUUUGGGUUUUAUGAUUUUGUCUCUACUCAUUUUUCUC